CAUUAACAGCACCAAAACAAUAUUUCUAGCUGUAACAGUUACAGCAGGGACCUAUGAAACCUAAAGCACUAGAAAGACCUGUCAAUGAUUUGAGUGAGAGCUAAAUUUCCAAUUUAUAGAAGUUUGCUAAUAUUCAUUGGAGUUAUAAAUUAUUUGUUUUUGUGCCACAAUCUACCAAUGGGUGAACGAGUUAUAUUUUUAUUAUUAUUUAUUUUAAUUUGAAGAGCACUGGGCUAUGUCAAGCGUUGAACCUUGGGUUGGAACCUGGAGGCCCCACAAGCCAAAAGGGCCCAUUGCUGCCCUCUACGGUAGUCCAGGGCCCAAGUAUGCACUGCCUGGACUCACAGGUGUUUCUAAACAUGACCCUACUAAAUACAAAGCACCAACAUUCAGCUUUGGGGCACGUCAUAGCAGCAAGAUAGAGAGCUCACCUGGACCAAGCUACCUGAUCCCCUCCAACAUUACCAAAGUGGGCCGAGACGGCGCUCCUGCAUUUUCACUUCACAGCCGUCCGAAGGAGCCAAAAUUUUUCCAGCCCCCUGGACCAGGCAAAUACUCUCCGGAGCUUGCAGGAAAAUCAAUCUUCCGUUCUGCUCCUGCUCAUUCUCUGUCUGGGAGGAACAAGGAAGUCAGCAAAAUGAAAACACCAGGUCCAGCAUCCUACUCUCUGCCCCCAGUGCUAGGGCAUACCACUGUGGCUACAUCUGCAGCUCCCACCUACUCAUUCUGUGGUCGCAGCAAAAAUGGAUCUUUCCAUGAGGACUUAAAAAAGACUCCUGGCCCUGCUGCCUACAAAGCCGUGGACCCUGGUAUUUACAGGGAAAAGCCUCCACAGUUUAGCAUGACAGGCCGCAACUUCCCACCCAGUGAAACCACAAAGAAACCAGGACCUGGUGCACACUAUCCUGAGAUGGUGACUGCCACAAGAGCAAAGCCUCCAAGCUUUUCCUUUGGGCUGCGUCACUCAGAAUUCAUCGCACCCCUCAUUAUACAAGAUUAAAGUCACAUGUAACUGGAAUGUCACACAGCAUAAUGCACAAAAAGCACAAUAAAGCUCAAAAAACAGAC